ACAAAAUAAUUAGCAAAAUCUCUCUGUAGGCUGGCUGUGUUUGGUGUGUUCAAAGCCUCAAUAAAGAGAAAUAGCAAUAGGCAAAUGGCCAUGUCAAGUUCUCCUUAACCUCCAUAAACUUGAUAUCUGAACAUUCAAUCCUCCAAAGAACAAAGCUCUGGAGCUUAUCUUAAAUCCCCCAACUCACAUAGUUCCAUCUGGAUGCUGGCCUAAAUGAACUAAAUCCAGCAAGUCAUGCUUAGCCCUCUUCCCAUUUGAGCUCUUAACAAUCAUUCACUCACACUAUUCUUUGAAAGAGGGAGAGGAAGGCAGAGCAGUCAGGAUUUGCACUUCACCCUGAAAUGUUACCCUUAGGGACAGACCAGAAAGGACUCCUGCCUUAUGGUCCAGGACUAACGUACACAUUAUAUAGAAUAGGUAUAUUUCAAAUGUCAGAACUGGGGAAGAGAAAUAUUAAAUUUAUGCAUGGGGAUUCACAGAAAGUUUGAACAGAAAGGACUGUGGAAGUCACUGAGUGAAAACUUUUUUGACAAGAUUGAAAUGAUCCAUCACAAAGCCAGCUGGUGGAUGCUCAGCUUAGAACUUGGGUGUUCUGAAACCCCACCUAGCAUUUUGUUUUUUUCCAUUAUGCCAUGUGACUGCAUUCCAUAGUGAGUUAAGUUUUCAAAAAAGCGAUUUUCCCAAUGAAAAAUGAUUUACUGUGGGGAUGACUUUUAUGGAAAAUUUCCCAUGUGGAAUGGUUAUAUGAAUACUUUCAUCAAAGAAAAUUCCAACAUUAAACUGCACAUCUCCACCUAAAGUCAACUGCAAAAUAAAAGUUCUUAAGUAAAGAGCCAUCUUUAUCAUUUACACUGGGAGUUUCUAGGUUCCUUGCUCUCCACUGCCCCCGCACCCUGCAAACCCACUUUUAACCUGAACACUUCAUUUCUAUUCUCUUAACAAUUUCAUUACUGAAACCCAAGCCAAAUUCUGUAAAGGAGUUUGGUGAUGGGAAAAACAUUGAAAUUAUGAUUUAAAUUAAGACUUGGGGAUUUUCUGUGGAUAAUUACCCAUGCUCCACCAUACCAAAUUAAAAAUGAAUUUCAAAUUAGAAUAUAAAAUAAUUUUCUCUAAAGAUGUGAGAUGGAAUCCAUCCUGGGCAUUGGGACUAUAUUUAUCCUUCAGAGAAAUCUUGCCCCCAGAAGGCAUUAGACUGGGAUGAAAUACAUUGGAGGCAUAUUAAAUUUUAUUUGAACAUUGAUUGGAGGGGAAAAAAAGAAGAAAGGAAAAGUGAAAUAGGAUGAAAAAUAAGGUGACUAAAAGAGAGAAAAGACAGAGAAGCUUGGUAAUUACAGAACUUUUUAAGCAAGAUAUUUUUUUUUCCUUUCACAAGUUAGAAGCUAUUGAAUAAUUCAUGCCAAGUGUGGAAAGGCUGCCUUUUCCCUGGGUGAUGUAUAACUAAGCAGGAGUGAGCUUCAAAUGGGAUCAUCGCAUCAGCCACCACUCUUUCUUCUGAGCAUAGGGUGCUCUCCUGAGCUCGGCUUCUGCUUUUGCAACCAAGCACAUCGCUGCUGCCUGCCCGCCCGCCUGCCCACCUGUCUGAGCUUGCAGCCCACCACUUUCCCCAGCCCCGCUGCCGGCUGAGAAGUCUCCCUGAAGCUGCUGGUUUCUGCCUAGGACCGUGUGUGGGGAUGCUGCUUGGGAGAAGCAGGCACUUUGCUCCUGGCACUGAUCCUAGCUGAGUUUCUCCUGUUGAUUUCGGGACCAACAGAUGCUGCUGCUGAGGAGGUACUUCUUGACAUCUCUCCCUCUGCUACCGCCAGCUAAGGACCAGCCCAAAAGCGGGUGGCAGGAUGGGCCGCGCUGCGAGAAGCCAACGCUAGAGAGCGAGGUGUGAAGAGUUGGCCAGAAUGACCAACUCCUCCUCUACGUCCACCUCCUCCACCACCGGGGGAUCCUUGCUGCUGCUCUGCGAGGAAGAAGAGUCGUGGGCGGGCCGGCGCAUCCCCGUGUCCCUCCUGUAUUCGGGCCUGGCCAUCGGGGGCACUCUGGCCAACGGCAUGGUCAUCUAUCUCGUGUCGUCCUUCCGAAAGCUGCAGACUACCAGCAACGCCUUCAUUGUGAACGGCUGUGCAGCCGACCUCAGCGUCUGCGCUCUCUGGAUGCCGCAGGAGGCGGUGCUCGGGCUCCUGCCCACCAGCUCCGCGGAGCCCCCGGGGGACUGGGACGCCGCCGGGAACAGCUACCGCCUGCUGCGGGGCGGGAUGCUAGGCCUUGGGCUCACCGUGUCCCUCUUAUCCCACUGCCUAGUGGCUCUGAACCGCUACCUGCUCAUCACCAGGGCGCCCGCCACCUACCAGGCGCUGUACCAGCGGCGCCACACAGCCGGCAUGUUAGCGCUGUCCUGGGCGCUCGCCCUGGGGCUCGUGCUGCUGCUCCCGCCCUGGGCGCCGCGCCCGGGGGCCGCGCCGCCGCGCGUCCACUACCCGGCGCUGCUGGCCGCGGCGGCGCUGCUGGUGCAGACGGCGCUGCUGCUGCACUGCUACCUGGGCAUCGUGCGCCGCGUGCGCGUCAGCGUCAAGCGGGUCAGCGUCCUCAACUUCCACUUGCUGCACCAGCUGCCCGGCUGCGCCGCAGCCGCCGCCGCCUUCCCGAGCGCCCCGCACGCCCCGGGCCCCGCGGGGGCCGCGCACCCCGCGCAGGCCCAGCCCCUGCCGCCUGCACUCCACCCGCGGCGGGCGCAGCGGCGUCUCAGCGGCCUGUCGGUGCUGCUGCUCUGCUGCGUCUUCCUGCUGGCUACGCAGCCCCUGGUGUGGGUGAGCCUGGCCAGCGGCUUCUCGCUGCCGGUGCCCUGGGGCGUGCAGGCGGCCAGCUGGCUCCUGUGCUGCGCCCUGUCCGCGCUCAACCCGCUGCUCUACACGUGGAGGAAUGAGGAGUUCCGCCGCUCCGUGCGCUCCGUCCUGCCCGGCGUCGGCGACGCGGCGGCCGCAGCCGCUGCCGCUACGGCCGUGCCCGCCAUGUCCCAGGCGCAGCUGGGCACCCGCGCCGCGGGCCAGCACUGGUGACCCCCGGCCAGGGCCCGAGGCAAGCGGAGGUGCCGGGCAUUCAGCGUCCUUGGGCACCAUCGCUUCCUGUCCGUGUAAAGUGUCCCCUGCCUGAACGAAGACUCCUGCAGAGGCGGAGCCCAAUUAAACCCGUGCCAAGGUUUCGCCUUUAGCACCUGAACCAAGGUUUCUUCCUUAAUGGGGAACCUGAAAUCAUUUUGGACGGUUACCUGAUUUUAACUCAUUGUUUCUGAGUUUUAGAGAAAUCCUUGAGUCCAAACUUUGGACACUUCAAGACCUUGCACACUGACGUUUUAAAAGAACCUGUUAAUUUAUUUCAACCCUUUUUGAAAAAGCUUUGAUAACGUAUUACCAUUCCCACUUUCUUUGUCUUAUAUAUGAAGCUCCUUGAAUGUGCAUAUUGAUGAAGGAAAUAAUAUUUAAGAUGUAUUUUAGAGAGUUACUCAUCUUUGAUGCUGUUUCUCUUAUAAUUUAGCUUUUCUAUAUUAACCCAAUGAAUGAAGCCACAGAUGUGCACAACAUUGAGUUGCCAUUAAGACCUCAAACUCUUUAUUCUUAAAAGAGUUUUUAUAAAGUAAUAUCAUUCCUGAAUGAGAUAGAAUCUUAGCCAGUGAGGGGGAAAACACCUUAGAUUUACUAUUUUACACUGCUUUUUGCACUUCUAAGACUGAAAAUUGGCAUUGAAUGUUAAAGUGAAGAAUUUGCAUUGUGCUGAUCGAAUGUCUGGGUCAGCAAUGGAAUUUUGAAAACAAAUAAGGGGAUUUAUCUAUUUUAGGUACCAGUUUCACUUUCUUAUAGCAUGCACACUUGUUGCCCUCUUUUUGUAAUCAAUUUAUUUGCCUUAUGAGUGUAAUUGCAGCUUUGAACAUUCUAUACUAUAAUGGUUGCUAAGGAGAAUAAGACCUGUUUUCUCUUUAACAUUUAAAAUAUCUCAAUGCACAUAAUAUAAUUAAACACUAAUAAUACCAUGACUACAUAGCUAAUAUUAGUUGCUAUUGCAUGCUCCUAGAUGCUAGAACGUAUUGGGCAUGUGGUAUACUAAAGCAAUACCCAUUAGGCAAAGGCAUUUUACUUCUUUCAGACACGGAAGAAGGGGCCUUCAAUUUUUUGAAAAGAGACACAGAGAUACAUACCUCUGGCUACCUAGACUUCAUCUUGUCUUGACCCAGUUUAUGAGAAAACUCCCACUUGGGACUUUAUCUUGCAAAUGGAACCACAGUCAAGAUGGAUCAAUAAUAUGGUUUGGCUCUGCAAAGCAAUUGUGUUCCUUUAGGGUUUAAACAAGCCACAUAUUAGAGAGCAACACUGUUUUUUUUUAUGUAGUUCAUAUGUAUUACCAUGACACUUAACAUUAAUAUUGCGUCUGUUGAAGGAAGUAUAAUCAACUUAGUUAUAUAUAACAAAUAGUUCAAAUGGGAAUUAUUCUAAAAUUCGGGGCUGUAUGAUUUGAGGCUUGUAAUUUUUAUCUUUGAUUUAUUGAUCUAGAAAUAUAUGGAACAGAAAAUUGUGUGGAAUCACUUUAUAAAAUUAAAGUGGGAAGAAAGUUAUUUUAAAUAAUCAUGUCUCAGCAUUCUGACUGCUAACUACAUCAAUGAUGGGGCCAAACAGACUAAAUUAACUGUGUAAUUCAUGAACAAAAAUAGCUUGGUUUGUUGCAUUCCUGGACAUUACAAGCCAGGAUAGUGGGAACACUUGUGCAUUUGAAUAAAAUUACGGGAGUUGUAGGAAACUUUGACAUAUUUAUAGUAAAACCAAACCAAACCAACAUGUCCAUCACCAAUAAUAGAUCAGCAGUCAUUUUAUUAAUCUAUUCCCCUUUGUGCAUGUACCAUAUCUCUUACUAAAGUUUCAUCAGUUCCCAUUUUCCUUGAUUCAAAUAUUUAAUUAAAGUUCAGACAACAAGUCUUCUGAGUUUU